CAAGAAGAAUUGGCCGAGAUCUUGUACGUUUAGAGGAACGCGGGCUAAAGAGUUGCCAACGACAUCACCCCGCAUUUAGGUCGACAAAAACGAAAUACUAUUGAUGUCUUAUCGCGGGCUGUUGUGGUGGGACUGAGAAACCGAGAGUGAGUGAGAGCGAGAAGACCUUUUUUUAAAACUGGAGCAGUGAUGGAAGAACUCACCGCAUUUGUGUCUAAAUCUUUUGACCAGAAAGUGAAGGAGAAGAAGGAAGUGAUCACGUACCGGGAAGUGCUCGAGACCGGUGCAUCGGUACGAGGCAGGGAAGGUCUUAAUCCCGAACCCACUCGCGAGGAGGUGACUACUAUUGCGCGAGGAGGAGCGCGAUCGCCGGCCAGGGAAGCGGACAUGCUCGGGCCAGAGAGGAUGAGGGAAUCAAGCAGCCCUAAACUCAUUGACGGCAACGCGGAUAUGAAAGAUCGAAAAGAGGACUCUAAAGCGGUGGAGGAUGAGAGCCAAACUAAAAUCAAGCAGCGUAGAAGUCGGACUAACUUUACUCUGGAGCAACUCAACGAGCUGGAGAGGCUUUUCGACGAGACGCACUACCCGGACGCCUUCAUGCGCGAAGAACUCAGCCAGCGACUGGGGCUCUCGGAAGCCCGCGUCCAAGUCUGGUUUCAAAAUCGGAGGGCCAAGUGCAGAAAGCAAGAAAAUCAGUUACAUAAAGGGGUACUCAUUGGAGCUGCGAAUCAGUUUGAAGCGUGUCGUGUCGCGCCAUAUGUCAACGUGGGAGCUUUGCGGAUGCCAUUCCAACAGGAUAGUCAUUGCAACGUGCCGCCCUUCUCCUUUCAGGUGCAGGCUCAACUGCAGUUGGACAGCGCAGUGGCCCACGCGCACCAUCACCUGCACUCGCACCUGGCGGCGCACGCGCCCUACAUGAUGUUUCCCGCCCCGCCAUUUGGAUUGCCCCUGGCGACGCUCGCGGCGGAAUCCGCGUCUGCUGCAUCGGUGGUGGCGGCGGCUGCAGCGGCCAAAAACAACAACAAGAACUCCAGCAUCGCAGACCUGAGACUGAAGGCCAAAAAGCACGCGGCUGCACUUGGACUGUGACACGCGGCAUGCGCGCAACAUGUUCUGCGCAACUGGCCGAGGGUCUCCGGCGGCGCAGAGCACAGCAGCGGCUGGCGUGCAAUGUUAAACACAACACAAGGACCUUAUUUAUGUUUCACGAAGGACAAACAAGUAUAGGACAACUACAAGGAUAGGCUAUUUAUGAAAUAUAAACAACGCAAAUAAACUGUGAAAUCGACAAAAACUCUGGAUUCUCCAGGAGGCAACUGGUGUAUUUACACAGUUUCACUAUUUAGAGGGAGUUUAGAGGCAAGGAGAGGCAACGGCAAGAUAAGGAGAAAAAAAGAGAUGUCUACAAAGACGAGUAAACGCUAACGCAGCUGGGACGUUCGACUUCGUGUGACAAGGCGAACUAUUCUGCAGUUUUGCUUUAAUACAUUAUUCGUUGACUUUGAAAAAAGAGGCUGGCCUCGUUUUAUGUGAAACAUGAGUUUCCCCUCACUAAGGAAACGUGGAUAUUUGUGAACAACAACAGAGAAACCAUGAGAGAUGGAGGGUGUUUUCUCAUUGCCAAAUGAGAUCCACACCAAACAGUGUUGCAUGAAUUUCUUUCCUCACGGAUGACUUGAUUUUGAACACCAUUUCAUAUCCAUGGCUCCUUUCAUGGACAAUUGCCAAUUGAGGAACUUAAAGCACUUGAAUGUUAUCGGGGUUCGGGGCGUUUAGCCAAGGGAUUUUGAGCGCUGGGUGAAGUGAUUCUGGUCAUGGCAAACUUACCACAAAAGGACUUAAUAAUCUUGUUUAAGUGUGUUGAAUUUUACCAAGGCGACCAGAUACUCCAUUCAAUGCAGUGUCCACGUAAACUGAAGUCCAAAUGUAAGGUAUUGUAACAGUGAUAUAGUAUUAGGCCAAACAGCUUCCUCCCAAGUUACUAAAUUCGGUGAUAUGGUACGGGAACAUGUAAAAUAUGUUAAUACACAAGAUACAAAAUUAUUUGGACUAUUUUGUGCUUCAAGGACAUAUUGUGGGAACAUUUAGGGUUUUCAUGUUUGAUUUUUCUCCGUGAUUAAAACCAUGUGGAUUAUCUAUGUAAUAAUGUUGAUGUUUUUAUAACGUUGAAAGUAAAACGUACCUCUGCAGCAAUCAAGGGACUCCUUUACAUGUCAUUUGAAUCAUUUUGGCAUUUUUAAUUACUUUAUGUUUAAUGUGAAACGUGAACUCACCUGACCACAACGUUUUCAAGUCAUAGUACAAUAAAUCAACAAAACUUUUCUACA